AUGGGUGACUCUGAAUUUGAGUUCCUUUGGAAACUUCCAGGUGAAACGAACAACCGAUAUUGCGAUGCUUGCGGGAGGGACAUUCGAGGGUUCUUGUAUCAUGAUCAUUAUUCCAGACACGAGUUUGAUUUGCACCCUUGUUGUAUGAAUCUUGACAGAGAUACCGUGCCUGAUACGCAUGGCACUGUGAAGCUGAGUCUUGAGGACAAAAUGCCCCGCCAAUGUGUGAAAUGCAAGAGGAAGGAUUUAAAUGACGUUGAGAGCAAGAAGGCCUUCAGAGGGUGGUCCUAUGGGUCCUCUCGUGGGGACUAUUGCUUCCAUGUCUAUUGUACAAGGACUUUGGUUCUGGAGAAGUGGAAAGAGAGCUAUUUCAAUGUUGGUUCUUCUUCUUCUUCUUCUUCUGGUUCAUCUCUGAAGGGAACAAGCUUGGUCAUCAGAAGUGGUAGAAGGUCGAACACAUCUUCGGCCUUGGUUAGAAGAUCGUCGAGGCCGAAAUUUGUCACAAGGAUGACUAUCAAAGGGGUGAAAUUAGCUCAGUCUUGUAUUAUCAUUGAUAUUCGGAAAUCCAACUCCAUCGUUUGCUGCUCUCGCUGA